AUGGACACUAUGGAAAACGCGUCGCACUCACGUUCGGCUUCGGUGGAUCACCACGCUUAUGCAUUGAUCCUCGAGCACAUCCUCAAUGACCCAGCCACCUACGAGCUGCCUCUGCGCACAAUGUACACCAUCAACUCCACACCCGCCACACGUGCUGGACAUUCUCUGUCACACGAACGCACACGCGGAGACUCCAUCGACUCGCGUGCUAGCAACUCGCCAACUUCCGCAAAUUUUCCCUUCCGCAACGACACGGCCACCGAGUCACUGUCAACAAACCUCAUGGCGCAGAUGGCUAGCCUUCCUUCGCAACCCACCUCGCUUCCGCCUUCCUUCAUCACCGCCUUCCUCCGCAAGGCUUUCUCCGCCGACCUUCGCUUCGUCGACUUCCCUCAAUCCUUGACUGGCCUCGACUACCUCAAGGACCUGGAGACUAGAAGACGCAGAGAAGUUGCUGCCGCCCUGGAAUGUCUAGGCAUCGACCGCAAUACUAUUGGUGCUGCGGAAGAAGAGCUUUCUAGACGCUACCCUGGUGUGCUCGCAUGGUUCCGCACACUCGAGGAGAAGGAGCGCAAGAUCGAGGCUCUCUACACACAAGUUUACGUCGCCCUUCGCCGCUGGGUCCUCAUCAACGAGCUCUCCCUGACCCCCUUCAACAAGCACAACUGCAUCGCCAUGCUCAACACUCUCUACCCUCCUAUUGUCUCCUCCCAACCAACCUCUAAGCUCACCCCUGGCAUCUUGAAGAAGCAACGCGAUACUUUCUUCAAGUAUAUCCAAGCUGUCGAGAAGAGUGGUCCCGCUGUCCUGGUCAACCUCAUCCAGCAAGGCAAGAGACCCACAGAUGAGAACGGCUGGGCAUCGACUCGCAACACACUCGACAUGUAUCUCCAGGUUGCCAACAGUCUCAUCUCUGAAUGCCAGGAGAUUCUCUACACCGACACCGACUCCAUCGUCGAUUCGGCUGAUACCAAACGGAAGGGACGCAAGGUCGACUCUGGCAUCAGCUUCCCCGACCAUGAGCAACGCCGCCCUUCAUCUAGCAGCAGCAAGAGCAGCAAGAGCUCCUUCUCUGAGGAAGCUCCAGUCAGUGAGAUGCGCCGCAAGUCAUCCUCCAACAUUCUCAGAUCCUCAGGUCUGAUGAAGUUCGCUCGUGAGAUGAAAAACAUGGGCUUCAACCGAACCGACGUCGACGAGAUGAUCAAGCCAUCUGUCCCUACCCCUACUCCCGCCUUCCCUGAAGUUGAGGCAACCACCCCCGAUAGAUCGUCCAAGAGUCUGCGCAAGAUUCGCAGCUUCAGCAACCUUGGCGGCCUGCGUUCUGGCAACUCCAGUUCGACCUCACUGGCCAGCAGUGGUCAUCGUAGCGAUGUCCCACAUUUCGACGCUGACGAGAUGAAGAGACAGCGUCUCAUCUACGAAGCCAACGCCUCAAAGCAGCAGAGACCUUGA